CACAUUUAACACACAACCUGUUUGAGUUUUCAUCAGUUUAUUUACAACUUGUUUUUUCGUUUAAAGUGCAAAUAAUAAACAUUCAUUUAAAUGGCUCGCUACUUUAAAGAACAGGACAUUGAUGAAUUCCGUGAGUGUUUUUAUCUGUUCGCUCGUUCAGGUCAAAUAAACAACUUAGACGAGCUAACGGUGAUUAUGCGCUCUUUGGGUUUGUCGCCAACGAUACAGGAAUUGGUGUCGUAUCUAAAGCAAAAGAAUGGUAAAAUGAGUUUUGCUGACUUCCUGGAUAUCAUGCACCAACACUCCUCAGUGGAAAAUCUUCCAAGUGAAGUCAUUGCUGCAUUCAAAGCAGCCGAUCCACAAAACAAAGGCACCAUAUCAGCAAAACAGCUACGUAAUUUACUGCAAAACUGGGGCGAGGGUCUGUCUGUGCGCGAGGUGGAUAAUAUCUUUAGGGAGGCUAAUGUUAAUAACAAUAGCACCGUACGCUAUGCUGAUUUUGUUAAAAUAGCAUGUGCACCAGUGCCAGACUAUUACUAGAGCAAAAACCAUUCAUACUUCACAUUCCAGAAUGCAUGCAAACUGCAAUAAAGUUCACAAUCAGUUUUA